GGUGUCAGUUGUCAAAGUAUUGGCAUUUGUAUUGUCAAAUUUGUUUUUAAUUUGUGGUCAAAAUGGCGUUUAGCUUUCCAGCGUUCGCGUAUAUUAUAGCGCUAAUUGUUGAUGCUUUUCUAAUAUUUUUCUCAAUAUUUCACGUGAUAGCGUUCGAUGAACUCAAGACCGAUUAUAAAAACCCAAUAGACCAGUGCAACAGCCUCAAUCCUUUGGUCUUACCGGAAUAUUUGCUGCAUGUAAUUGUAAACAUACUGUUCCUGUUGUCGGGAGAAUGGUUCUCACUGUUGAUAAACGUUCCUUUGAUCUUAUACCACAUUCACAGAUACAGAAACAGGCCAGUAAUGUCAGGGCCAGGCCUGUAUGAUCCCACAAGUAUUAUGAAUGCGGAUGUGUUGACAGUGUGUCAAAGGGAAGGGUGGAUCAAAUUAGCAUUCUAUUUGCUCUCCUUCUUCUUAUAUCUUUAUGGAAUGAUCGUGGUGUUGAUAGCAACAGUUUCCGACUUGUUGCCGGGAAGACCGCUCGAUAUGCGUGUCGCUUUUACAAUAUACUGUGCGAUCUUCGCGUUUUCAAAUUAUGUACACAGUGCUCGAAUACUCGGACUUUUCCCACACUCGGGUAAAAGUCAUCACAUGGUCUACGAGCCGCUCCUACGAAGACUAGCAGAGAGGGGCCACCAUGUCACAGUUGGCUCAUUUUUUCCGCUCAAAGAUCCACCGGCUAACUACCAGGAUAUUAGCUUUGAGGGUAUAGCGGAUGUGGGCUUCGGAAACUUAGAUUUGAAUUGGUAUACGUAUAACAGCAGUGUACUUUACAAGAUACCAAUAAUAGAAAACAUGAUACAAAUACUCGAUGAUCUUGAUAUGUUAGCUGACAUGGGCCUAGACACGUGCAGCAAAUUGAUCAACUUACCGUCUUUGAAUGAAGCUCUGAAGAAAGAAUACGAUGUCGUUUUGAUGGAAAAUUUUAGUAGCGACUGCAUAUUCGGUUUAUUGCAUGUGUACCAUAUAAAAGCUCCCAUUGUUGGAUUAUCGUCGUCUGUUUUGAUGCCUUGGUCGGCGGAGCGGUUGGGUGCUAGUGAUAACCCAGCUUACGUCCCCAUGGAGACAACACCGUUUACUCCGUCGAUGACAUUUUUGCAACGAAUUGUUAAUACUUUCUGGAAAGUAUACAUGAAAUUGUGGUUCCGUUAUAAUGUGCAAGACAAGGAACAGGCUCUAAUAGAGGAGCGGUUUGGGAUAAAGAUUCCUGAAUUCGCAAAUCUUGGCCGAAAUAUAUCGUUGUUGCUCGUGAACACAUUCCACGCGUUGAAUGGUGCUACGCCUCUUGUUCCUGGCAUCGUGGAGGUGGGAGGCAUGCAUCUGAAUGAAACGAGAAAAGAUAUCCCUCAGUACAUCGAAAGGUUCCUAAACGAAUCUGAACAUGGCGUCAUCCUGCUGAGCUUCGGUUCCCUUAUAAAAACGUCUACUAUGCCAAAAUAUAAGGAAGAGAUCAUCGUGAACGCUUUAUCCAAGUUCAAACAACAGAUUAUAUGGAAAUAUGAAGACAGUGCUGAAGAGGGAACCCUCACUGGUAACAUUCUGAGGGUUAGGUGGCUGCCGCAGUAUGAAUUACUUCAACACAAGAAAAUCACCGCAUUCAUCGCCCACGGAGGCUUGCUGGGCAUGACAGAGGCGGUGUCAGCCGGCAAACCUAUGGUGGUGGUGCCUUUCUUCGGGGACCAACCCGCGAACGCAGCUGCCGCGGCGGCCGCCGGCUUCGCUAAAGUGGUGUCCUAUGACGACUUGAGUGAAGAGUCGCUAAUUGAUGCCGUUCAAAGCGUACUAAGCGCAGAAAUGCGCCUAAACGCACGUCGCAUCUCCAAAAUAUGGAAGGACAGAGAGUCCUCUCCUUUAGACACGGCCGUAUUUUGGACUGAACGAGUCAUCCGAUGGGGCCAUGCGGCGCCUCUACACACUGCAGCGAGGGAGCUCGCCUUCUACGAACUGGCGCUGCUUGACGUCGCCGCAGCGUAUAUGCUAGCCCUGUUGGUACUUGUCAUGAUCAUCUGGUAUUUACUGUCGAAGAUAUCGCAGCUGUUUGUCAAGGAGCCCAAACAGAAGAUGCACUGAGUGCGAGCGUAACUUUUCGUCUGAAAAAGAGUUGAGUUAACACCAGUAACACCAUUUGAAAAUUCCUGGUCCGCCAUAGUUUUUUAAUUGCAAAAAUUAGGCUUGUGCUUGACGACAAUCAUGCUUAAUCAAAAGCAAUGAUGAGGUCUAAAUUGGAGCGCGCUUGCCUAGAAAAUGGCCACUGUUGCUUUGAAGGUAUUUAGGUUAUACGUGGCAGGAAACACGGAUGCCGUAAGAGCUUUUAUAGCAGGGUUUAAAGCGUUUAACUGUGAUCGUAUUGUACGCACUUUUGUCAUCCCAUUCGAUGUUUUCUCAUAAAUUACGACUUACGAAUGAAAUAAAACAUGGGACCAUUUUCAACACAUAAAACGUAUAAAGGCAUUUUCAUUGCAAAACUCGGUUCGAUCAUGAGGAAUUUAUUCGGAGCGAGCUCCAUAAAAACGGAGUUUGAUUUCUAUUCGAAUAUUAAUCAAUUAAACUCGAUGUUUGUAACUGUUCUAUAAAUUGAUGCAAUUGAAAAUAAUAGAAACACUUUUUUUAAUGAUGUAACCACAAAUUCACAGUUUUCAGAUUUAUUCCUUUACUUGUGCUAUAAGACCUACCUAUCUGCCAAAUUUCAUGAUUCUAGCUCAACGGGAAGUACCUUAUAGGUUUU